AUGGCAAGCUGGGCUGCCCUAAAUGUGGAACCCGACGAGGGUAUCGAGGAUGAGGUCGACGAUACAAAAGAGCUCCAGAUUGAAGAAGCUCUCAAACUUUACUACAGCGCCCUCAAACUUCACUCCCAAGGACCUGAGUAUUACUCGCAAGCAGCGGAGGCUUAUGAAGCUCUACUGAAUUCAGAAAUCUUCAAGUAUCCUGAAUCCCUCUCUGACUUCAAACGACCCGAUCUACCAGAAGCGCAACCUGUUGCCGACGAGACUAUCGCUACAACCGACACCGUUGGCGAAUUCAAUGUGACAGACUCUACAUCAAGCCUCUUCCAAACCCUUUAUCUAUCCUAUAAGAACCAUGGAAAAUUCAUCCUCGAUUCACUUCGCGAAACAUCGAACAAGGAAGCAGGAACUACAACAGGUGCCGGACGAACGAUCACGAAGGCCACGAAGGAGGCCAUCCAGUCCUUCGCAGAAGCGCUCGAGCGCGAUGACACAGAUCUCAACCUAUGGAGACAAAGCGCUCGGCUCGGCAGCGCUCUUCAAAGUUAUCGGCUGAAUCGCUUUUGUCUCGAGAGCGUUCUAGCUGAUGAUGAUAAUCGCCUAGAAGUACGAUCAACACAGCUGGGACUUGAAGAGAUAUUCUCAGAGGAACGUUUACGAAACACUCUUCAUUCGUUAUUCGACGAGUUAUCUGCGUCUCAGAUACCAGUCAAAAGGCAGAAGAAAGCUCUCGUCAAGUACCUCAAGCCGCACGCCGACUCGUACUCAUAUCUUCCCGCGCUUCCGCCCAACCUUGAAGUUUUAGCAUCUUCCAGGGGCCCGCUGGCUUUUUCGACGUCGCGCAAAGUGGUUGAACCUUCGAAUGCAACCUGGGCAGCAACUGGCGCAGCUAUUUUGGGCGCACUCCUGGAGGAAGAAGAUGCUCCCUUUGCCGAGCGGCCUAGUAAAGCUAUCGGCAUUUCGUUGCCACAUCGAAGCACGCCAACACCCGAACACUCCACUGUCAUCAAUCAAGCGAAGGACAUUCCCCCGGCAUUGACAUCAAGUGUCAAUCAUGACGACGUGGAUAUGUUAAAGGAAGAUGAGAAUGGAUCUGUGGCAGGUCAAGUUUCUCGAGAUCAAGCAAAAGUUCCGUUACCCGAAGACCAAUCCUCUAUCGAUCAAAGUGCAGAGAAACAGUUGAUCGAAUCACUAGAGCGACAAUCUGUUCGGCAACCCGACACACGCGCUCCCGACGAUUCUGCAAAAAACGAAGAAACAGAUGUGAAGUCUCCAUCUCGUGCUCGCAAACGGUCUUGCGCAUCAGCUGUAGCCGAGGAGCAGGUCGAAGGUGGAAGAAUAAAGAGCAGAAGGACCAGAGCGAGGGAGUCGAACGCCGACGCUCUAGUUCAACAAGAAGAUGUUGCCUUCGACCAAGACAAAUACUUCACAGAUCGACUCGAAAUUUUUGCGAAUGCGGAUGAGUGGAUGUUCAGCACUGUCAAUUCGCUAUACUCAAGGGCAGAUAUUCCCUCUCCAGGUACCAUCGAGGAUCUCAAAUGUAAGGUGGCCCAUGUAAAGGAUUCAGUAGGAGGCGUUUCAGAUCCCGAAAGUGUUGGUAUCAUGGACCUACAGAAUAUUUGCCGAGCUUGGAACGAUGAAAAGUCUCGCUUGUCGCAGCAAAAAGAUGACGGAUCCUCCCUGAAAGAUGUUCGAUCCAGCAAGUCUGGACUCGCAGUAUUUCUGGAAUAUUCAAGAAGUGGCGCUCGCAAAGCUGCCGUUCAUGAAGAACUGACGACAAAUGAGGAACUUUACCAAUUUUCGGAAUCGGUGAACAAUAGCUGGUUGCACCCCCAGGAAACUUCUUACCGUUGGCUCGAGCGUCUCCUCACGCCAGGCUUCACCGAAAAGGUCUCCCAGUGGCCUGUUAUGACAUCGGCUUACACUUCGCUUUUAUGGCCUCAAGACCUCAAAGAAGUCGUUCUCGAAGUGAUUCUGCAUGAGGAUGCGUUCAUUUUCGAACGCAUGGGCGACUUGUUCUCUGAAACCGAACGGCGUGCCCUAGAAAAGUCACUAGAAUCCUGCUACCAAUAUCGGCCGAGCGAUUUCUGUGAACUCGAAAUCAUGCAAUCCAUGUAUGAAAUCCAUUUGGACAUUUUUGCCUCAAUGGAGAUCAACAGCGAGGACAGUCAGGGUCUCUUGAAAAUUCAGAAAGAUCGACUCAAUAGGUGGGCUUUGCUUGCUAGAUCGGCUUUGGAUAUACUUCUUGACUUUUGCCCGUCGCAGGAGUGCCGCCAACAUCUUGCGCUUCGUCACAUGUGGGCCUCAGUAUUCCAUAUCAAUCUAGUUGGCGAGGCCGAGCGAGAACACAUCUUGCUAUGUUUCCAGGACUUGAAACUUACACUGCAAACUAUUGGCGAUCCGCAUCUUCAGCUCCUCAACAAUUCGGUCAUGGGGGAGCUAUCGGUCACUACUGUUGAUCAAGAGAUGCUCAAGCUCAAGUGCAUGGACUUCUUUGCCAAAGUCUUUAACCCCGAAGAUGAGGACCCAGUCUCGCUCAUAGAAGCCAUAGAGCCAAUACUCGAGCCUGCUGCAACUGAGACUCUCGACUUUGAUCAUUGCAUUGACGAGACAACGGCUUCCUCCACAUCUAAUGAGAUGCGUGCAUUCCUUGACCGGGGCGAUGCACCCUUGCGACUGUUCCUGUGGCGCCGGCUGCAAGAAGCCUACCAAGCUAUCGACUACCCACCAAAGGUAGUCUCAUGUCAUCUCCGGAGUGUCGAAGUGGUAAUGAGCACCCUGGAAGAUGAAAAACACCUUGGGGAAAAUAAUGGUCAGCGUCAACUAGCCUUGAUUGGCUGGCUAAAGACAUUGAACAACAUCAUGGGAAAGAUCAUUCAGCUUGUUUUCCAACAUGGCGAGGAGGCAUACGACUGCAUAGACAUGGAUCACCUCAAAUCGUCCAUGUCAGCCAUCACACGUCUCACCCGGCUGCUUCAUUCCUUCGUUCUGUAUGAGGACUCGCUUCGAGUCGGUCAGGUUUCAGGACCUGAACUACGUGGCUCACUUGCCAAAUCCUUGGAAACUUUCAAGGAAAGAACUCGAGAGCUUUAUGUGCGCUGCUGGAUUGUACAGUACACGUUGUUCGUCGAGGCUAUGGCGCAGAACAAACAUUGCUUCGAUGAACCACUGGAAGACCGCAUUCGCAUUCUUCGUUCUGUCCACAAUGCCAUGGGCGUUCGUUGCAUGUGCCGAUACUCGCAGAAACGCUUUCUAAAGCUGAUGAAAGGGGAACUGCUGGAUUUGCAGACAAAAGGUGACUAUGAGCUCGACAUUUACCAGGUCUUACUGGACCUACACGGCAUCAAAUUCUCGCCUUACGACGGAACAACAGACCACGGAUGUACGCCAGACAAGUUGGAUCGUCCUACUGCAAUCAAAUUGAUCGACAUUGUCAUGAAACAAGCACAAAACAUGAAUAUGAAAGAUCUCUCCAAAUCUGACUUGAAACUGACGAUCGAGAAGAUGCAACAAACUAUGGUUCCACCAAAAGCCUCAUCUUCGCCUCAGAUGUCCUUCAAUCGACGCGUCUAUCAUGGCUACGUGAAAGCACCCAUAAAUCCGUCCUCUCUUCUUCGCGCUGUGCAAGGUGUUCUAGAGCUCACAAUGCUUGUGGUUCCGGGCGAAAAUGCACAAAUAGCUGCAAAAGGCUGGUACUUCCUCCUGGGUCACUUCGCCCUUUCAAGGUUCCGGUCUCAAAAACGUCUGAGUCCUGGCUCGACUGCAGAGCUUGAUGAUGCAAUCCACUUCUUCAGACUGGACAUAGACUACGGCUCAGGCCGAUGGGAAACUUGGUAUCGCCUAGCUCAAGCAUAUGACUCCAAGAUUGACGAAGAGAUCACAUGGACCGCAGAAAAGAUCAACAACAAUAAAGGCGAUUUAGUCACAAGCCAGCGAUACGCGAUACAUUGUUACGCGAUGGCCGUGUCUACAGCGCUGAGAUGCGCUGAACCAACGAGCGAGACCCGAGGCAUUCUGUCUGAUUUAUACACAGACUUCGGCAUUCGGCUUUAUGCCUCAUCUCGUGAGCCGCUUUCUAUGAAGGCCUUCAGUCUUUCAGAUUUCUCCCGCCAUUUCAGCAGCGAAGAAAACCAGCAAAUGUACAAAGGGCGGCCUUUUAAGGAAAUGUCCCUAUACUCUGUCUGGAACUUCGCCUCCAAUCUACUGAAAAGAGCCCUAGCUGACAAACCCAAUCGUUGGAUAACACAUUAUUACAUAGGAAAGUGUUUCUGGAAAAUGUUCACCUGUGAUGAAACAAUGAGAACAACCUCGAAGCGGGUCGAGUUGCAAGAUGUUCUGCACGCGUUUCGUGACGCGAUUUCUGCUCUGCCAAAGCGAAAGGAUUCUCGCGCAGAUCCUAUUUUCGAGCCGCACUUCAAACUCGUAUCUAUCGUCCAGAAGAUGGUCGAUCGAGGUACAAUCAUUCCGACGAAAGCGAGUCAAAUUUUGCAAGCUACACCAUGGGCUCGAAAAGUGAAGGCACCUGAAAAUGAUGAGGGAUGGAGACCUUACAUACUUGAGGUCAUCAGAAAAUUCAAGACCGCUGAUAAAUCCAACUGGCAUCACCGCAUGAGUGUUAAGGCCGCGCAUGUCAUUUAUGAUGACGAGAAGAAUGCAACGGCCGCAGCUGCAGCCAAGCAAGAGCUCUCGCAGAUCUUCACACGAACUCUAACCAUACAGGUCUGGCGACCGGAGUUUGAGCGCCCUGGGCGACAUUUCGUCUACACAACGCGUUACGUCUACUUCUUUAUCAGUCUACUUGACCAACUGGAUGACCGCGCAAAUUUGGAUCAGCUGCUCAGGCGUGUAAGAAAGAAGCAUGGCGAUUUCAUCAAUCACGGGAAAUUAUGGGAGGAUGCUUGCUCCACGUACAUGAAGAUGAUUCGAAGAGCAGCAGGAAUCAAAGAAGGUCACGAAGAAUCCGUCUUCAAGCCUAUUGGAUGGGAAGAGUUCUCAAUGAAGACAGCCCGCCUGGAAGCUCUACCACAGCUGACUCCGGACAGUCUGCCACUACUUGAGCUUGUCCGUGACUCAUUUGAGCUCAAGAAACUUAACAACAACUUCCUGAAGGUGACAAUAUUUGAAGACCUCAUCGCUGAUCUGUAUGCGCGCAUCUACGAAUUGAAUCUGCCUUCACUGAAUGACCAGGCCAAAGAGGAGAAGAAAGAGAAAAUGAAAGUUGAUCACCUUCUCAUGGCAGGCGAUGGCAGUGCAGAGACAUCUGAGCCUGCAGCUUCCACUUCAGCUGCAGAUACUCCGGCUCCCCGCGGCAGAACCAAGGGAAUCGCCCGCCGGGAUAUCCAGAAGCGUGCGGACACAAUUGUCAAUCUCAAACUCGGACCUCGUGCUGCGCCAAGCAAAUUCGCUGCUACCGCCGAUGCAGACCAAGCUGCGCCAAGUCAUUCAGGCUCAGGCUCGGGCUCUGUACCAGGCCCCACGUCUGCUCCUCGUGGCCCCGACGGAGAGCCGGCUGAGGUUGGAGAUCACGAUGAUGCACAGACGAAUGAUCGGAAUAGUCUGAACGAUACAGCCGACGAGAGUGAGUUGAGUGAACUUGACGAGAGCAAGUUGGACACAACGCUCGAGCAUAAAUCAGUUUUCUCAAAGCUUCUUCAAGAUGAGGUUGGAGAUGGAGAGACCGAGACCGAGAAUGAGGGGCCCGACGAGGGUGAGAUUGAAGGCGACGAAGAGGAAGAGGAAGAAGAAGAUGAGGAAGAAGAAGAGGGAGUCGAGGAAGGAGAGGAGCCCGCGGAGGGAGAAAUCGAGGAGGAGGAAGGCGAAGACAAUGAAGUAGACGAGCAAGAGGAGAUCGCUGACUCGGAUACCGAAGAGGGCGGAGAAAACGACCAUGUCGAUGAAGGAGACGACGACGAGGUUCAGGAAGACGUGGUCGAACCUUCCAAAGGCACGAACAAGCCCGAGAACGAAGAUGCAGAGGCCACUGAUGAAGAUGUCGGCAAGUCCGACGACAAUCAGUCGGAAACCGACGAAAAAGAAUUGAUUGACCAAGACAUGGACGACUUGACCCAUGAUGAGAUUGCCGAGACGCCGGAGGCUAUGGAUGUCACACCAUGA